AUGGCAUCAAGGCUUCGGCUUCGAGAGGAAUCUCGGUGGAAGUCUGGUCCCUUCGUCCCGGAGUGGAUUCUCGGCGGGGGAGAGGGAGAGGGACGUGCCAUCGCCGAUGGAACCGCUGAAAUGUCUAUUCAUUGGACCGCACUCGCGAAACUGCGUUAUGAGGCGAAUUUCUGCGUCAUCCACGUGGAAACAUGGACCCUAGAUCCGGAAGACAGGGCUAGCUGCAUCGAUUCGCUCGGGGAAGACAGUGACUUUCCCGAACCUCCUCGGGGAGGAAAGCGACUCGUCCACGAGGAACACGAACCCCAGACUCCUUGGCGGGGCAAACCUCCCACCUCCCCAACGCUUGAUCAGGAUGCCUCAAACCCUGAUUCAGUUGCUGAUGCCUUCCGGGAAGAUGUCAAUCUUCUUUUACGGAAGUUCUGUGAUUGUGACAGCCUUCGCUUCUCAGAUUUUGCUAAAUGUUGGUGUGAAUUAAACUUUGCCAGCAUAUUUUGGAACUUUGCCAAGAUUCGAGUGACAUUGGAGGAGUGGAAGGAUGUGAUGGAACUGGACAAAGACCUGGUCAAUGCUAAACAUGAGGAUGCUAGGUAUACUCUCUACAAGCUCAUCAAGGAAAAAGCUUUUCUCUUUGUGGCUGUUUCUGAGCAGGUAGUCAUCCAUGUGUCCUGCUGGCUGGCUUGUAUGCAUUCUUCCGACCUCAAGGAUAGAGAUGGGAUUUGUAAAAUCAAGGCUUCUGUUUCCCUCUCCCUCCUGCAGGAGAGGAUGGGACAGGAAUGA